UACAAAAAGAAAGAGAGAUAUUUUUCAAGAACAUUAUUAUUACGAAAGCAGAAGCAAGACUUAAGUUACACUGAGAUCAAUAAUAAUUAUAAUAUAUAUUAUCGCUUCAAAACCAGUUUCUCAUUAGUAACUUCUCCGUGUGGGCUGAUCUCCAGAAGCAAUGGAUGAAGGUGGGAGUAGUCACGAUGCAGAAAGUAGCAAGAAGAUAGGUAGAGGGAAGAUAGAGAUAAAGAGGAUAGAGAACACAACAAAUCGUCAAGUAACCUUCUGCAAACGACGCAAUGGUCUUCUCAAGAAAGCUUAUGAGCUCUCUGUCUUGUGUGAUGCUGAAGUUGCCCUCGUUAUCUUCUCCACUCGUGGCCGUCUUUAUGAGUACGCCAGCAACAGUGUGAAGGGUACAAUUGAAAGGUACAAGAAAGCUUGUUCCGAUGCCGUUAACCCUCCUACUGUCACUGAAGCUAAUACCAAGUACUAUCAGCAAGAAGCCUCUAAGCUUCGGAGGCAGAUUCGGGACAUUCAGAAUUCGAACAGGCAUAUUGUUGGGGAAUCACUUGGUUCCUUGAACUUCAAGGAACUCAAAAACCUAGAAGGACGGCUUGAAAAAGGAAUCAGCCGCGUCCGAUCCAAGAAGAGUGAACUUUUAGUGGCAGAGAUAGAGUAUAUGCAGAAGAGGGAAAUGGAGUUGCAGCACGAUAACAUGUACCUAAGAGCUAAGAUAGAACAAGGCGCGAGAUUGAAUCCGGAACAGCAUGGAUCCGGUGUAAUACAAGGGACGGCGGUUUAUGAGUCCGGUCUGUCUUCUUCUCAUGAUCAGUCGCAGCAUUAUAUUCCGGUUAACCUUCUUGAACCGAAUCAACAAUUCUCCGGUCAAGACCAACCUCCUCUUCAACUUGUUUAAGCUUAAUCAUGACUAAAACUUCUUUCUCCCCCUCCCCCUCCAAACGUUUUUCAGAGAGAGAGACAGAGUAAAUUAUAUUUAUGCGACAUUCUUAUUCAUAGUUAAGGUUCCAAUAAUAAUAAAAACAAAACUCUUGUUCCUAUUACAAAAAUAAAACUUACAAACAUUUAUUAUGUCAUGAAUAUUAUGAUAUGUAGCUAUAAUUAAACAAUAAUACAUUAUUUUAGUAUACUACUUGGGAUAAUAAUGAAAAAACAAGCUACAUAUUCAUAAAAUCUAGAUUACUCUUCAGUAUAUA